UGGGAUAAUCGUGCAUCGUUAGGAUCAACGAAAACAUCAACAACCAUUCCGACAAUUUGGGAUUUGAUUUCGGAUCAACAGCGCUCAGCGCUUGAGCUUAGUUGGACGCAGACACCGGAUUCCAUAAAUGCCGGAGUAAUGCCAGCGCCUACACAGCAAAUUGUUGGGCAACUACGUCAAGCAGGUAAUGAUGGUGAAAAUGGAAAUGGUCGAUUAGGCACACCAACAGAUCUCAUGACACCGGAGCAACGUGCCCAGUACAAUCGUUUGGUGAUCGAAAUUGCUGCUACCAAGACGGAAAUUGCAUCGAUUCGUGAACGCAUAGGCGCAAAUUGUGAUGCUGUCAAUAGCAGCAGAGUUAGUUUAAUUUGA